AUGGCAGAAGGAUCCGGCGUAAAUAAGCCAAGUAGCUCCUCGACCAGCAUUAGCCGUGAACUUGACGUCAUGCCACUUGCUGUCGUGACUAGAAUCAUGAAAAGUGUUCUCCCUAAGGAUGUGCGGAUUCGCGACGGGGCAAAGAAGAGCGUCCAACAACUUGUGACCGAGUUUAUAUUAUAUGUCACGGCACAUGCAAGUAAAAAGUGUGUUGAUGAGAGUCGCCAGAAAAUCACCGGAGAGGACUUGAUUGGGGCCAUGAAGGACCUGAAAUUUGAUGACUACAUAGAACCCCUCACUCUUCACUUGAAGAAGUACCGUGAAAGUGGCAAAUGA